CAGGGGUGACCAUGACAGCGGGGGGGGGGAGGGCGGGAGCGGCGUGCCUGAGGGGCACCAGCAGCAGCACCAGCAGCAGCACCAGCAGCAGCACCAGCAGCAGCAGCUGGCUGAAGCAAGAACCCAAGCGUCAGGUCGACGCGGGGGCGGGCGCAACGCCGCUUCGUGGCAGGCGAUGGUGCUGCCCUCGACAGCGCACCCGGCGGCGCCGCUGCCUGCUAGUGGCGGGAAGCGGUCAGCAGUGGUGGCUGGGAAGGCGGACCUGCAUCGCUGA